GAACACAUUCUUGUGUGUUCAAAAUGGCUGAAGAACUGACAUGUCGGAGAGCAACACUUGAGGACAGGCAGGCCGUCGUGAACAUACUCACUGCCUUUGGUGGGCGAGACUACAUGCCAGACCAGUACAGCAAUAUGAUACAGGACCCCUAUUUCGUUGGCGUGCUGGGCGAACUGCGAGGUGAAGUGGUGGCGUUCGCUGGUGCUUACGUCAUCAAUGGUGGCACGACGAUGAUGACCAAAGGAAGUCGCGUUAAGGAGGGACUUCAAGGGAGAGGGAUUUACGGUCGGCUAUGGCGUUACCUUCGGGACACUAUCAAGGACCGGGCCCCAGGCCUCAAGCAUGAGGAGUUCAGCUGUAAUACUGAGAACCCUAUGUUUAAAGUUCCCGAGUCACAGAGGAAGUAUUCGGAGUUGUACAGAACGCCAAUUAAUGUCUAUAUUCUCCGAAGGGAGAUAAUCUCCAAACUGCCUUCCGACCCAUGUAUCCAUGUACAAGAAAUUGGGAUGGACGAACUGCGUCGGAUUUUAACGGACAAGGAUUUGUCAUCCAUCUUGUUUCCACGACGACUUGUUAUCAACUGGCACGUUUACUUCCCAAUCGUGGAGAAUGUUGACGUCAUCGCCUCGUUGGAGCCUUACAUCACACGAUCUUUGUCCCCAGGCCGUGACAAAUCUUCAGAUUUAAUUAUUUUCGGAGUGUGGUUUCAAUCCACAGACCAUUUGGCUUACAAUUUAGACGUGUACGGAGACGCAAAUAACGUAGAGUGCAUCGUUGAACAUUUGAAGUUACACGCCUUUAAGGCUAUGGCUGUGUCCGAUGGGGAAAUUCGUUUUAUGGUAUUCGCAGAAUCAAAACUCCUCAGACCGAUUGAUGUCGCAUGCCAACAGCUUCAUACCAUCCCCGGGCAAUUCUUCUCAACCCACUGCGUUGCGGUAGUAAGGGACGUAGAAACAGAAUAGGAGUCUGUUCCUGUACGUGGCUGAUACCUGAAUCGGUCUGGUAUUGGAGAGAGUGAAUUUUAACGGCUCUCAAUUUUAUGGGAGGAGGAAACUGGAGUGCCCUUAGUAAAGCACCGACCUUUGUCAAGCACCUGACAAACAUCCUGACUGAAAGCCGCGACCGAAACAACGAAGCUACAUUCGAACGGGCGAAUCCAUUGGUCAGUGGCCUCAUGCUCGCCGUCAUCCAUCGCUUGGAUCAUCUACACCAGAUUUGGUAUUGAACACUUUGUAAAAAAAACCACAGGUCAUGUGUAGAAAGCACUCUAUUGUCUUUCAUGAGAUCAAUGUCCGAAGCCGAAUACUAUGUUUGUAUACUAUACCUCACUGAGUCAACAGUUACUCCA